AUGAGUACCAUUUCAACUCAUAAAGACCGUAACUUUAUAGCUGUUAUAGGAGAUGAGGAUUCAGUCACUGGACUUUUAUUAGCUGGUGUUGGUCAUGUAGACGGUGCUAAUAAAAACUUUCUCGUUGUUGACUCUAAAACUCCUUUAUCAAAGAUAGAAGAAACCUUUCUCGAAUUUACUAAAAGAAAGGACAUUGCUAUAAUUCUAAUAAAUCAACAUAUUGCAGAAUAUAUUCGUCAAUUGGUAGAUGAUUAUGACCAGGCUUUUCCGACAAUUCUUGAAAUUCCAUCUAAAGAUCACCCUUACGACCCGGAGAAAGAUAGUGUUUUAAAACGAGUACAACGUCUUUUUGGAGAAUAA